AAAACACCAAAGGCGCCAACUUCAGGGGCGCUUCAAUUACUUUACAGGACUUCCAGCUGAGGAGCUUGUAGCUUGAUAGUUUUGUUGCAGAAGUAUUUUUAAAAAAAGACACUUUUUAGACGAACAUGGAGACGAGACUUUCAGAGCACCAACCCGCAGACAAGCAGGAGAUGACCCCUGUCCAGGUAGAGGGAGUCCGCAAAUCCUCUCGAAAAGUUUUGGCACCCAAACGCCUUCGAUACUCUCCUGCUGCUCUACCACCACCAGUCAGGAGGAAGCCCAACAUAGAAGACCUACAACGUGAAGAAGAGGAUUCUUCAGUUGCGGAAAACAGCGGCAUGGAAGUUACAAACGGUGAAGGACUUUCAGCUUAUGAAUUGGAGCGUCUUGAGAACAUCAGACAGAAUCAAGCCUUCCUCUCCGCUAUCAAUCUGUUUCAGGCAUCUGAGGAGUUGAAACAGUCGUCAGCGAAGCGGCAGCCGUCGCAGAGGGGUCUCACAAGCCGGUCACAUGCAGAGAUAAAAGAAGUCCUCCCACCUCGCAAAUCCCUGCGUCUGCAAAACAAACAAGCUGAGGUCCUGACACUUCCCCCAGAACCCAGAGGAACGAGUGUCAUAAGACAGGCUUUGCAGCUCAAGAAGCCUGCGGGGCCUUUGUCCAUGACGCCUGUCAACAUGGCUGAAGGAAGCAAACUGCCACCUCAACUUCUCAAGCUCUGCUCUGACGUCUCGCCACAAGAAAGAAGGGAUGAACUUAAUUUGUCAGAGUACUGUUCGUCACUGAGGAAGAUGACGAUAAGUGAAGAAAAAGUAGCCAAAGUGGUGAAGGAUCGCAUAUUCUCAGCAGCCUUCCACCCUUCUUCCACUAGCCUCUUAAUGGCCGCUGGUGACAAGUGGGGGAAAGUUGGCCUCUGGAGUUUGGGUGGAGACUGGGGCGACGAUGGCGUUCUUCUCUUUGAGCCCCACACUCGCCCAGUGGGCUGCUUGGCCUUCUCCAGGGCGCAUCCCGCUCAGCUGCUGAGUCUCAGCUACGAUGGAUCAAUGCGCUGCAUGGACAUGGAGAAGACGGUGUUCGAUGAAGUGUACGACAUUAAAGAUGGCCUGAAAACCUUCGACUUCCUAUCACAUGACUGUUUGACACUAGUCGUCGGGGACUGGUACGGAAACGUGGCCAUGGUGGACAGACGUACACCAGGAACCUCACAUGAGUCACUCCACUCGCUGGACCCCAAGGUUCUACGCUGUGUCAGCGUUCAUCCUUUACAGCAGCAGUACUUUGCCGUGGCAGUGAGCAAGGAGGUGAACAUUUACGACAGCCGAAGUUUGAAGAAGAGCAAAAGCCAGCCUGUGUGCCAGCUGAGGGGUCACUCUUUAAGCAUAUCCAGCUGUUAUUUCUCACCCUGCACGGGCGACAGAGUUGUCACUUCUUGCAUGGACAACCAUAUAAGGAUAUUUGACACAUCUGCUCUGACGUCUGAAGCGCCCCUGCUGACAUCCAUCAGACAUAACAUGCAGACGGGCCGCUGGCUGUCCAAACUGUCGGCCGUGUGGGACCCCAAACAGGAGAAUUGCUUGAUGGUGGGCAGCGUGUCCCAGCCACGCAACGUGCAGGUGUUUCACGAGAGCGGCCGGUCCUUACACAUCUUUAAAGACGACAAGCACCUCAACACCGUGCUGUCUGUCACGGCUUUCCACCCCUGCAGGAAGGCCUUCCUGGGCGGCAACGCAUCAGGACGCCUGCAUAUCUUCUCUGAUUGACACUAUGAAACACUCUCCACUGCAAGUUACCGCUGUUGGGAGUCAGCCAUCUGGAUAACCGUUAAAGUACUAUUCCUUUUGAUGGAUCACAACAAAACCUGUCAAAAAAUGAUUAGUUUAAAAAAAGUUAAGUUAAACAAACUAUUUUGUGUGGGUUUUUUUUUUUUUUUUUUUUUUAAGUCGGUGUAAAGAAAAGUGUUUGUUUUGAAACUUACCUAAAAACAUUUUAUGCAAUAAACUCUUCUUUUCAAUGGCAUUCAUUUCAUUUCAAGCUGGCAA